AAAAAUCCCUCAAAAAUCCCUCAUGCUCUUUAGCCUUUUAGCAGCUCAUCUCAUCACUUGCGCAAGCUGGCGCAUCGCAACGGCGGAUGGGCUGAUCAUCCCCAAGUGUGCUUGCCCUUCAGCUUGCGGCGUCAAUGCCGGCAUCGCUUCCCUUUCAAAUCUCCUCUCACCAGUUUUGUUAAGGGUGCGCUCAAUCCGAUGGACCAGGGGGCAAUGUCGCUCGCGCAGGCUGUGAGCUCAAGCAUCUGCGUGAGGGGACUUGAUGCCCACUUGGGGUCGACGCAAGUAGCCUCUCAGACUGGCCUAGCGUUGCCUGCAGUCUCGGUCGCAAUGCGACGGACCUCUCAGUGUAGGAAUCCUUUUGCUGUGCGGGCGACAGUGACAGGGAACAUGCCAAUUGAAUCUGCUCAGGUGUUGACGAACAACGGAUUGUCUAAGACUGCUGCUUCGACAAAUGGCGCGUCACCUAAGUCCGCUCAUGUGAAUAGUGGGUCAGUGGACACUGAGACCACAGUUAGUAUUACAGUUGUUGGAGCUUCUGGAGACUUAGCAAAGAAGAAAAUCUUCCCAGCUUUGUUUGCACUCUAUUACGAGGGCUGCUUGCCCAAGCAUUUUACAAUCUUCGGUUUCGCACGGAGCAAAAUGACUGACGAAUCGCUUCGAGAGAUGAUAUCGGGAACCCUCACGUGCCGGAUCGAUCAAAGUGAGAAUUGUGGCGAAAAGCAAGAAGAGUUCUUGAAGCGGUGUUUCUAUCAUGCCGGCCAGUACAGCUCAGAAGAAUCUUUUGGACAGCUUUCCGACAAACUUCGCAAGCAAGAGGGAAGCAGAGUUGCAAACCGAUUAUUUUACCUUUCUAUUCCUCCUAAUAUCUUUGUGGAUGUCGCUCGAUCUUCAAGUCUUGCUGCUUCUUCAGCAAAUGGUUGGACACGUGUUAUUGUGGAGAAGCCAUUUGGCCGUGACUCAGAAUCCUCUGCAGAGCUCACUCGAGGCUUAAAGACGUACUUGAAGGAAGAUCAAAUUUAUCGAAUUGAUCAUUACUUGGGAAAGGAGCUAGUAGAGAAUCUAUCAGUCUUGCGGUUCUCAAAUCUUGUUUUUGAGCCACUUUGGUCACGGCAAUACAUAAGGAACGUGCAACUAAUUUUUUCUGAAGAUUUCGGUACCGAAGGACGUGGCGGAUACUUUGAUAACUAUGGCAUUAUUCGAGACAUUAUGCAGAAUCAUCUCCUUCAGAUUCUAGCGCUAUUUGCUAUGGAACCACCUGUGAGUUUGGACGCUGAGGACAUCCGAAAUGAGAAGGUGAAGGUUCUCCGGUCGAUGAGGGUUCUGGAUGUUGACAAUGUCGUGGUUGGCCAAUACAAAGGGCACACCCGAGGGGGAGUGAAGUACCCUGCCUACUUAGAUGAUAAAACUGUGCCCAAAAAUAGUAUUACCCCUACUUUUGCUGCUGCUGCCGUUUUUAUUGAUAAUGCACGGUGGGAUGGAGUUCCGUUUUUGAUGAAGGCAGGAAAGGCCCUCCAUAAGAAAAGAGCUGAGAUUCGAGUACAAUUCAGACAUGUACCUGGUAACCUUUACAAGCGGAGUUUUGGGACAGAUCUUGACCUAGCAACGAACGAAUUAGUAAUCCGUGUGCAGCCUGAUGAGGCCAUAUAUCUUAAGAUUAACAACAAAGUGCCAGGUCUUGGUAUGAGGCUGGAUCGGUCAAACUUGAAUCUGCAUUAUGCUGAUCGGUACGAUCGAGAAAUCCCCGACGCUUAUGAGCGGCUACUACUUGAUGCUAUUGAGGGUGAGCGCAGGCUGUUCAUCCGUAGUGAUGAACUGGAUGCUGCAUGGGCAUUGUUCACUCCUUUAUUGAACGAGUUGGAGAAGCGAAAGAUAAGUCCAGAGCUCUAUCCUUAUGGCAGCCGUGGUCCAGUAGGUGCUCAUUAUUUGGCUGCCAAGUACAAUGUUAGAUGGGGCGAUAACAGCUCGGAGCUCGACAGUGCAUAAUUAUCAAUCCAGCUGCUGUCUUUAGUGGAACAAACCUGGUUUACAGCAAUGAUACCAAUUUGUGAGGAUUUUUAUUUUUGAUUCACAAGCUGGCACAGCAGCUGCACCCGGCCAUUCACGUAAUUAUAUAAUUGGUUCUGAAAUAUUGAAAUAAGGGAAUUGGUAGGUGGCACUUACUUUUCUUAGUUGUUUUCAUUGUGUAGACGUUCGUGUGCCACACCAACAAUACACUAUUGUAACAAGUUUUUUUUAAUCAAACUAGACACUGAUAAGGUUAAAAACCAAAAAAACAACAAUUCACA